CACGAGAUCGUCGCGCGCCAUCCUGCAAUCCAGCAAAGAACAAUUGACUAUUUGAGGCACAGUCUAAUGCUCUGAAGCCCCCCUGCGCAAUCCAACCGCUCCCAGCAAUUCCCUAACGGCAAUUGGCCUCCUACUCCUUCCCCAACCUUCACCAUGGUCCGCUUCGGCAGGAAAGAAGUCUACCUACCCAACGCGGUAAUAGCGCUAAUCAAAUCCGAACACCUCCCCGCAACCCACGCCAAAUUCCGCGUCCCCCUCACCUUCUCCAAGCUCGACCUGCGCGACUACCUCUUCCACGCCUACGGGCUCCGCACCGACAAAAUCCGCUCCUACGUGCAACAGCAGCGCGUGCAGCACGACCGGCCCGACGCGACCGUGCCACAGCAGAACAAGUGGUUCCGGCCGAAAGCGAUCAAGCACAUGACGGUCGAAAUGGACAAGCCGUUUGUGUGGCCGGAAGAUCCGGAGAGCUGGGAGCCGUGGAGCAAGGAGAUUUAUAGUCAGCUGCAGGACGAUGCGGAUGGGAGGGACAAACCGGCGACCAAGAUCAAGGAGGCGAGGGAGGAGGCGCAGACGUUGGCGAAGCAGGCGAGGGAGUUGUUGCAGGGGAAGAAGCGGUGGAGGCCGACGCCUGUGGAUGAGGUGGUGGAAGAGGUGGAUAGGGAUGUUAAGAUAUGAGGAAUGAGGAAUGAGGACGGAUGUGGGAAAUGGUGCAACGAUUGGGUGCUUCACAGUUGUAGAUGGCUGUUAAGUAGCAGUGUAUUUUUGAAGAGGUGUGUAUAAUAGUGUCCACAGCACGAAAAUUCACGGGGCAUUUGGCAUCCAGCAUUUGGCAGGAAAGAUUUGUGAGUGUCACUCUUCACUAGGAAGGCAUACGUGGAACACGGUGCUAUGUCUGAAAGAUCAUGUGGAUUCGGGUGAAGUUCUCAAAAUCUCCAUUAUGUUCACUCUUAUUUCCAAUCUGCACAUUAACUAUCCCUGACCUAACCAAUGAAACGAACGUACUCCACCAUUCAAACGUAUUAUGUCCGGGUAUCCGUCAUAAACGAACGACAGAAUAC